AUGGCCAACCUCUUCCGAAACCUGUUCGGGCACAAGAAAAGCCAUAGCAAAGGAGAGGAUGAUAAUGGAAACGAGCAGCAGCAGGCGACACUGGUAAGCGGUUUUAUAGGGUUUUGGGAGCGUAACUCUCAACAAAAUGCUUUUCAGGAACGAGAUCAGACGCGCCGAUCGCACCGUCCAUCCUCGUCGGCUUCUUCGUCGCGACACCGCGGAGUUCUCAAGAGCCAGGACGACUUCAUGCUGCCACCGACGGCCGCCUAUCACACCCAGAACACGCAAAGGCUGAGGAAAGGACCGAAGAGCUGUCCUGGAGAGUAAGUUUUUGGGGACCGGGGGAGGCAAUCACGGGUGAAUGAGAAACACGUGUGUGAGCGUAGGCCAUUAAAACUUUGAAGAUGUGGUCGGAUAAUAUAUGACCUGGUUCGUUUGUGAGUGAGGAGAGUGGUGGCACAUUUGCUGUUUUAUUUAUUUAUUUAUUUAUCCUUUUUCAGGUACGUCGAAGAAGAGCCAGCGAGCAGCCGAUCGUUCGCCGUCGACAACUACCGUCACGAGGAGAAACAUCCACGUCGUCGUCAGAACAAUAACCCGUCGAUACCGUCCUCCUCUUCCAUGAUGACGUCCACAUCAUCCCAUCGGCCAGGUCACUACCAUAACCAACGAUGGGAGACGUCCGAAUAUGGAAGUGAGAACACCUCGCCAAUUGGAUACCAUCGACAUCAUCCGAGAAGACGUCAAGACGAGGAAGACGAGGAGGAUGAGGAGACGGAGGAGGAGGUGUACGAGAAGACGAUGAAGUAUCAGGACUUGAAGAGAAAGAUCCGAGGGCACUAUGAGGAGAGACUGUACAACUACGAGCGGACGCAACGCAGCGAUCACUCGAGAAUCAAAAAGUUGGAGAAGGAGAAGGACGAUCUGGUGAAGAUGUUGCUGCAGAUGAACGACAAGUUGGAGAGCUCGCGGAAGAAGACCGACUACUGGAAGAGGAAGUUCGAGGAGGCCGAGCGACAGAUCAAGAACCAGACCCUCCAGCAGCCCAACUCAAGCUUCAUGUUCGGAUUCCCCAACGCCAACUCGCAAUUCCAACCGUUCUCGUUCGGAGGGCCCGGUGGAUCCGGAGGUGGUGCUGUGGGACAACGCUUCUCAUUCUUGGGCAAUCCGAUGAUGUCCUCCUCAAACACGCCUACCACUUCGGCAAUGGACACCACUACCGGCGGCGGUGCGGGUGAAUCUCUCGCCCCAACUUCCGACAUCAGCUUCCUGACUCCGCUCGGGGCUCUUCCUCCAUUGAACAUUCCCUCGGUGCCCGCUCCCCUUCACUCAGUGGCUCCGGAAGCACAAGGGACCGCUGGAGGUCAGGCCUCCAACAGCUUCUACACAGACGACGAUGAUCACGAUGAGACGAAGAACUUCCGCGAGGAGGAUAUGGAGGUGCCACGUGGAUCCGAAGUGCACACUGACGACGUGCUCGACGAGUUUCUCGAUAGAGCCAACUCGACGAUGCUGAUUGAGGUGAGUUGGGAAAUGAGAACUGAUUCCAUGAUCCUGAUUCAUAACUAAACGUUUUUGCAGGAAGGCAAAGAUUCGGGCUUCAGCACCACUCCAGACGACGUGAGCAAAGAGAACAAAGAGCCCAAAGAUGACUAA